UGCUGGGCACCUUGUCCAGCUGAUCUCUCUCCAGAGGUUGCACCAGAGGUCCUGAUAACCAUGAAGCUACUCUUCCUGACGGUGUGUCUCUGCCUGGCCCUGGGCCUCUCCACCUCGCAUCAUGGGGGGGGGCAUCUACAGACAGAUGAACCAGCACAAGACCACUCCAAGCACCAUCAUGGUGCUGUGCUUGAUCGCUGUGACGGAAUGGAGAUGGACGCUGUAGCAGUUACUGAGACGGGAACGCCAUACUUCUUCAAAGGCGAUCACGUCUUCAAAGGCUUCCAUGGAAAGGCAGAACUCUCCAAUGGAUCCUUCUCUGAGCUGGACGACCAUCACCACCUGGGGCACGUGGACGCUGCUUUCCGCAUGCACUUUCCUGAUUCUGCUGAGCACCACGACCACAUGUUCUUCUUCCUGGACACCAAAGUUUUCAGUUACUACAACCACACCCUGGAGCCAGGCUAUCCUAAGGACAUUAAAGACGUCUUCCCUGGGGUCCCCGACCAUCUAGAUGCUGCUGUGGUGUGCCCAGAGGAGGACUGCAAGUCCAACAUGGUUAUCUUCUUCAAAGGUGAUGAUAUAUGGCACUACGAUGUGAAAACCCAGAAGUUAGAUGAGAAGGAGUUCACAAGCAUGCCCAACUGCACCUCUGCCUUUCGCUGGCUUGGCCACUACUACUGUUUCCAUGGUCAUCAGUUCUCCAAGUUUGACCCAAUGACAGGAGAAGUACAUGGCAGAUACCCAAAGGAUGCACGUGAUUACUUCAUGAGAUGCUCAAAGUUUGGUGAUUCCACUAACCACAUUGAGAGAGAACAGUGCAGCCAUGUGCACCUUGAUGCAGCUGCAUCUGAUAAUGAUGGAAAUGUUUAUGCAUUCAGAUCCCACCACUUCCUGCGUAUGGAGGGAGAGAAAAUGCAUUCUGAUACCGUUGAAAGUGCCUUCAAGGAACUGCACAGUGAAGUGGAUGCUGUCUUCGCCUAUGAAGGCCACAUGCACAUGAUCAAGGACAAUGAGGUGUUCGUCUACAAGAUUGGGGAGCCACACACACACCUGGAAGGCUACCCCAAAUCUCUGAAAGAUGAGCUUGGUCUUGAUGGACCUGUGGAUGCAGCUUUUAUUUGUAAAGAUAACCACAUUGUACAUGUGAUUAAAGGUCAAACCCUCUAUGAAGUGGACAUGAAGGCGACACCUCGAGUACCCAUUAAGGAUGGUCCCUUCACCCUCUUCAAGUAUGUGGAUGCUGCUAUGUGUGGGCUUGACGGAGUCAAGAUUAUUGUUGGCAACCAUUUCUACCACUUUGAGAGCCUUAUGGUCAUGCAAGCCGCAAAAGCUGUCCCUGAGGCCAAGAGGGUGUCCACAGACCUCUUCGGCUGCGACCACUAGAGGGAGCCAAAGGGUUACUUGGAAGAGUGGGUUUGGGCUGUCUACAGGAGACAGACAUAUGCAUGUGAAGCAAACUCCUUUACCACCUCCCAGACCAAAAGCACAAGCCCAGCUAGUCUCACAUAGUGGCAUUACCUUUUUCCCCUCUUAAUGCCCUCUUAGACUUCAUGUGCACUUCUACCUCUGAUUAUACUGCUCUGUUCUUCUCACCAACAUACUUUCUUGCACAAUCACACAGACUGCAUUAAAUGUUUUCCAUGCCACUGUGGUUUGUUGAUUGAGUUUUGGAUAUACCCAAUCAUUUGUUCUCCUUUUCCUUAAGACCAAGAUAGCAUUCUAAUAUUUGAUUUUGUGAACAGAAUAUUAGUGCCUUGUGGUUUCACAAAUAAACCUGAAUGACACUU